GUCCCAUCACAAAUGUUGGUAUUUCCGAUUCUUCCCUCACUGGUGGAUAUAAGUAUUAUAUAGCUUGAUUGAAGGGUAUUAAUCUUCUUCAAGAAAGCACUGUGCCAAUAAAGGUUGUAAAGUGAAAAGCUGCUGUGUCUUGAAACAAUGAGCAUAUCGCAAUACACCCUGGCGCUUAUAGCCAUGUGUCUUAACCAGGCUGUGACUCCAAAUAAUUGGCAUGUUUCAGUUACAUCUCCUGUUCAAGCAUUGCAAGGGAUGUCUGUGAUCUUUAACUGUUCCUUCCAAUAUCCUUAUGAAAACAUCCUUCCAUCUCACAUAAUAGCUUUGUGGUUAGAAGAUCCAUGUGAUGAAAAUUCUCAAAUACUGUACAGCAGUGAGAAAGACUCCAGCGAAGGUGUGAAUUUCAUAGGAGAUCUGGGAAGGAAAAACUGCUCUCUUCAGAUACAUGAUGUUAAGAUAACCAACAGCAAGAAAUAUUGUUUCCGAUUCGAAAUACAAAAUAAAGACAAAUGGACAGGAAAGCCUGGUGUGACCCUUAUAGUUUAUGCUCAUCCAACAAAGCCAACUCUCUCGCUCUCCCCAGAAUUGGUUGAAGGGGUCAGGACCACAUUGACUUGUUCCUCCUCUAAUAUUGAAGAACAUGUGAAAUCCACCCUCAAGUGGUAUGGCCUCGAUGAAAAGAUAGCAGAAGAAAGCUUAUUUAUCUCUGGAAAUAGAAUGCUUAAGAGCACAGUUAAUGUCACCUUAUCACACAAGGAUCACAAUAAGGUCAUCAAGUGCUCAGUCAUUUCCAGUGAAUAUUCAUUCUCAGCUGAAACUCAAGAGAUUCUGAAAGUGAAAUAUGCACCCAAAAACAUAACCAUUCAAGUAGAAGACAGAUCACAGUUAGAGAUCAAAGAGGGCGACAAGGUCUCUUUGACAUGUGCCAGUAACAGUAACCCUGAAGCCACCUACAGCUGGUACAAGAGGGACAAAGGCCAUGUUAAAGAUUUUGAUUCCAAGAAUGGCACUCUGCUCUUCCAAAGUAUUUCACAAAGUGAUUCUGGAUUCUACAGCUGCACAGCAACAAACUACCUGGGAAACCAGAGCUCAGAAGUUGUGGAGAUACUUGUUCAAUAUGCACCCAGAAACACAACCAUUUAUGUGGAAAACAGAUCACAAAUGGAAAUUAAAGAGGAUGACAACAUCUCUUUGUUAUGUGCCAGUCACAGUUACCCUGAAGCUACUUACACCUGGCACAGGAGGAAGGAAGAUAAUGGCCAAACAAUGGCUUUUAAUAGUACAAGAGGGACCCUGGUCUUCCAUAGUAUUUCAAGAAGAGAUUCUGGAUUGGUGCCAUCUUACCACAAGUCAUUGCAGGAAUCCAUUGUUGCCAUACUAUUCCUCCUUGCCGGUUUGCUCUGGACACAAAGGAAAAAUCUGAUCAGAGGGAAAAAGGUGGAAUGUGAUUCUCAACCUGUAACCCACACAGAGAUGGAGAAUCUGCCAGAGAUCAAGCAAACAAGUAAUUCUGUUGUCGGCGAUGUGUAUGGCAACUUGUGUAUGUCCAAGAGUGGUGAAGGGAAGCCUAAACUUUCUAGGAAAUACUCCGGAGAUGCCUUGCACUAUGCUUCCUUACGAUUUUUCGUAAAGCAUAAAGGCCCAGAAGCAGCAAGACCCAAUUCAGAACAAGCCAAACCUAGUGAUGCACAGGUGACUGCACCUGCCGAUGGUGCCGUAUAUGAAAAUAUGGCGAUGUUUAAUACCACUAGAGAGGAGCCAGGAGCUGCCAACAAUGAUCCAGGAGAGACCACCUUAUAUGCCUGCAUUAAGGUUGACAAUCUGCAAGACAAUAGCAAGUAAAAUAGCAACAUCAGAACAUAAGGAAGAGAAG